AUGGCGGAGCCGGCGGAGCUGCGGCAGGAGUCGGUGGUGCGGUUCCUGGCGGCGCGGGGCGGGCGGGCGCGCAACGCGGAGCUGCUGGAGCAUUUCCGGGACUGGCUCAGCCCCCCGGAGCCCGGCCGCCGCGCCGCCGCCCGCCACCGCUUCAAGGAGCUGGUCAACGCCGUGGCCACCGUGCGCCAGGAGCCCGGCACCGGCGUCAAGUACGUGCACCUCCGCCGCCGGUACUGCGCCCCGGAGCCCCCCGCUGCCGCCCUGACCCCCGGGGAGGAGGCGGCGGCGGCGGCAGUGGGGGACAGCGCGGAGCGGCCGAGCCCGCCGCCCUCCCCGCGGGCGGGCGCUGAGGAGGCGCCGCCGCCGGCGGCGGGCGAGGAUGCCGGCAGCCGCCCUCAGCCCGCGGGGCGGCGGGGUGAGCCGCCCCGGCCGAGCCCGGCGGCGGGCGGAGGCCAGCGGAAGGGCUCACGGCGGGGGCCGCUGCCCGGCCGCGGCGGAGGCGGCGAGGAGGCUGCGGUAGCGGCGGGCCCGGGGCGGCCUCCGCUGGCGGAGGAGGCGGGGGCGGCGGAGGGCGCCCCCGGGGCGGCGGCGCAGGGGGGCGGCCGCAGGAGCCUGCGGGAGGCGGUGCGGGGCGGCUCGCCCCAGCUGAAGCGCGGCGCCCUCCCCGGGGGGACCCGCGGCCGCGGCGGCGACUCGGACAGCGCGUCGGUGGCCUCGUCCUCCGCCGAAGAGGAGGGGAGCACCACCGGCGCCGUGGCCCUGGACCCCCUGGAGCACGCCUGGAUGCUCUCGGCCUCGGACGGGCGGUGGGAGAGCCUGGAGGGGCUGCUGAGCUGCGAACCGGCGCUGCUCUGCAAGCGGGACUUCAUCACCGGCUUCACGGUGCUGCACUGGGCCGCCAAGCAUGGGCGGCAGGAGCUGCUGGCCACGCUGGUCAACUUUGCCCAGCGGCACCAGCUGCCUGUGGACAUAAACGCCCGCACCAGCGGCGGGCACACCGCGCUGCACAUAGCCGCCAUGCACGGCCACGCUGAAGUGGUGAAGCUGCUGGUAGGAGCCUACGACGCCGACGUGGACAUCCGUGACUACAGCGGGCGCAAGGCCGCGCAGUACCUGCACCAGGGCACCUCAGGUGACAUGCGGAGCCUUGUGGGGGCCCUGGAGGAAGAGGAGGAGGAAGGGGCUGCCGGCAAUGGGAGCGGGCGCUGGAGGCUUUCCAAGGUGUUGCCCUCCAACCUCAUGAGCUAUCGGCUCUCCCACCACCACCACCAUCACAGCACUGGGGAGGAAGCUGAGGGCACUGAAGGGGCAGCAGUGCCUGGCAAGGGCAAGGAGAUGACCAGGAAAGCCUCCGGCAGCGGGCGGAUGAAGCCUCGGCUUAAUAAAAUCCGCUUCAGGACUCAGAUCAUCCACAACACGCCCUCCUUUCGCGGUGACACCGAGGAAGAAGAGCAUGAGGAGAAAUCUCUGAAAGCAUCGUUCAAGCUCAGGCCAAAGUCCAAUGUCUUUGGAUAAGGCCGGGGAGCAGGAGGUCUGGGAGGUGGGCGCACAGACCGAAGUGCCCUAGGGUGUAGCGCAGAAGGUGAGGCAGGUACAAGUGGGUGCUCAUCUAGACUCGUGUACUCCAGGGAGAUGGGUCCCGAGUAUCUUCCUUUAACUCAGUUCGGUGGGGUC